CACAUCUUCCGCCAUGGCUGCCAUCACCGCACCGACGAGCAGCACCGUGCAGACGCUGGAGCGCAUCGGCGCCCACUCGCACGUGCGCGGCCUCGGCCUCGACGACGCCCUCGUGCCGCGGCCCUCGGCGCAGGGCCUCGUGGGCCAGACGGCCGCGCGCCGCGCCGCCGGCGUCAUCACACGCAUGGUGCAGGAGGGCCGCAUCAGCGGGCGCGCCGUGCUCUUUGCCGGCCCGCCGAGCACGGGCAAGACGGCCAUUGCGCUGGGCAUGGCCCAGACGCUUGGCGCCGACGUGCCGUUCGUGAUGCUCUCCGCGUCCGAGGUCUUCUCGCUCGAGAUGAGCAAGACGGAGGCGCUCACGCAGGCGUUCCGGCGGGCCAUUGGCGUGCGCAUCAAGGAGGAGAAGGAGGUCGUCGAGGGCGAGGUGGUGGAGAUCAUCGUUGAUCGGAGUCUGACUGGCGCGACCAAGACGGGCAAGCUCACGCUCAAGACGACGGACAUGGAGACGAUCUACGAUCUCGGCACAAAGAUGAUCGACUCGCUGAAUCGCGAGAAGGUGUCGGCGGGCGACGUCGUGGCGAUCGACAAGGCGAGCGGGCGCAUCUCGAAGCUCGGCCGCAGCUUCACGCGGGCGCGCGAGUACGAUGCCAUGGGCGGCGACACCCGCUUCGUGCAAUGUCCGGAAGGCGAGCUGCAGCGGCGCAAGGAGGUGACGCACACUGUCUCGCUGCACGAGAUCGACGUCAUCAACUCGCGGACACAGGGCUUCCUCGCACUCUUCGCUGGCGACACGGGUGAGAUCAAGCCUGAGCUGCGGGAUCAGAUCAACGUGAAGGUCGGCGAGUGGCGCGAGGAGGGCAAGGCGGAGGUUGUGCCGGGUGUGCUGUUCAUCGACGAGGUGCACAUGCUCGACGUCGAGUGCUUCUCCUUCCUGAACCGGGCGCUCGAGUCGGAGCUGGCGCCGCUCGUCAUCAUGGCGUCAAAUCGCGGCCUCACGCGCGUGCGCGGCACGCGCUACACGAGCCCGCACGGCAUCCCCAUCGACCUGCUCGACCGCGCCAUGAUCGUGCAGACGAAGCCGUACAGCGAGGCCGAGGUGCGCGAGAUCCUCACGAUCCGCGCAAAGGAGGAGGACGUGGACAUUGAGGACGAGGCGAUGUCCGUCAUCACGCGCAUCGGCGUCGAGACGAGCCUGCGCUACGCGCAGCAGCUCAUCACCACGUCCAGCCUGGCAGCCCGCCGGCGCAAGUCUGCGCGCGUCGAGGUGCCCGACGUGCGCCGCGUCUUUGGCCUCUUCAUCGACGCAAAGCGGUCCGUCAAGUACCUGCAGCAGCACGCUGGCGAGUUCAUGAGCGACGGCGACUUUGACGCGCUCCCAGCGCCAGCGCCGCAAACAGCGGCCGCGCCGAUGGAGGGUGUCUCGACGGCAUGAGCGCGCAAUGACACCGCGUUGUACAUCAGGUGCCGGGCUGCGUGAGGAACGCAAAGGGAUGAGAGAAGAGGC